AUGGCUCGCGCUCGCAAUGCUAGAUGGGCUGGUCUCGACUCUGAUUCCGCGGAACCAGAGCCGAAUGCAAAGCGUAAAGGACGAAAGUGGAUGCAGUCGAGUUCGGGGGAUAUGGCACAGGUCGACAAGCGGGUGUGGCGCGCAUUGAGUAUUAAGAUGGAAUAUCGAGGUGAAUCAAUGCGGAAUCAGAUGCUCCUUGGAGUCAUUCUAUGA